UCGAACCCUCAAAAUGUCAACGUCUUUCAGGUAUUCCAAAAUGAACCGUAAGAAGACUUCGGAGAUAAAAAAAUGUCCCGGCUGCGACAAACCAUUCGCUGAGAUGUUUCAACUGCGUUACCACAUAAGAAGACAGCACUUCAACUUGAAAGCCAAGCUGCCUUACUGCAAUCAGAAGAAAGUGAACCAGGUGUGGUUCGAACGAGUGCACAACUCGAAUAAUGUAAUGGAGAUACGGAAAACUGGACCAAAUACACUGGUUAUGAGGAAGCUCGAUGAAAAUACAGCGAUUAAAGUUGCCGAGCAGAACACUGAGGAGAUCGACCUUACCCACAUUUACCCGACCGGCGAGAUGGUGGGCAAAGUGGAGUGCAAAAUAUGCCAAAAGGAAUACGAGAGGAAAAGCAUAAAGAAACACAUGGAAGAGGUACAUUACAACAAACGGAAACACCACUGCAAUAACUGUGACUCAACUUUUAAACGGUUGUAUCAAUUUCUGAAGCAUGUCUGUACUAAGCAGAGGCCUCCGAGGGGUGUGAAGCAGGUCAGCGACGACAUAAUAAUAGCCAGUUUCCAGAGCUUAGCCACGUUCCAUGCAUGACCAAACGACGAGUUGGCUGGUUAAAGGACGUAGCACACUUAUCAACCCGGAAAGGGAUCGUAACCGUAUCAACUCGAGGCAGUCAGUAUUCUUUGUAUGAAACUCCAUACUGCAACGAACAUUCAUCCGCACCGUGACGUAAAGCCUCGCGCGGAAGGCGAUGACAGCUCGCGAAAGGCGUUGUUCCAUUUCUGAGUUGAUAAUUCUGCUAUGACCUGAAGUCAACUUUACUCUGUAGAAAUAUGAAAAACCUUCGGGGCUGGUAAGAAUUAGAUAUUUGAGAUAUUUUAUAUGUAAAUGUUGAUAUUUAUGGGCAUAAUAAUAGGUAUGUAAUAAACAAAUAGUUAAAUCGUAAAACCUAUAAAUCAAAUUACAAUGUUUUUACAUAAUAUUAUUUUACAUUUAAGUAGCUCAAAAAUGAACACCCUGUAUAGAAUACAUAGUACACACAUACAUAGUAAUAACAUCACAAAUUAAUAUACAUCACAUUUAUUUUACACAAUUCUAUCCAAUGAAUAAGCGUCUCGCGCAUUUUACUCGACUGCACCAAAAGGAAGAUUAUGUUUUCAAGUGUAUUAUAUUUUUUUGAAAGUUUUAGCAUAAACUUCAUUUGGGUUUAAGUUUGUGAAGCGUCAUUAGAUUCGUCUCAAUUUACGUAGUUUUUAUUUUAUUUUAUAAUGUGUUUCUGAAGGUUAAAAUUAGCGUUUAAAAGGAUGUGUGCCUUGUUUAAUGGUGUUAACUAACAUUUUUAACCUCUGUGCCUUCCAACUUUAUUUCCACAGUGUUUAUAAUUGGACUAGUCCUAAAAAUUACUUAAAACAUAAAGUAUGAGACACCCUGUAUAGAUGUAGACCCUUUCUAUUAUCAUAUCCAUUUUCAAAAAUCACAAUAUUGUGUUGGUUUUUACAAGCUUUUAUUUAACUUGUAAUGUUAAAUUUUAAUAUUUUAGGUAAAAUGCCACUUUCUGACAAGCGAUUGAGCUGAAAUUUUGCAUACACAUGUAAUUCGGAUGACAAUGCAAUGUUAUGAUAGCAUGGAGCUGGUCUCAUGAUGAAGCCGAAAGGUGGCCAUAGGAAUUUUAUUCUUUUAAGAGCAUUUAAAUAAAAGCUUGUCUUAAAAAAGGUUUUUAAAAGAUAUAUAUAUGUGAAAUUCUUUGUUGUUUAAAAGACUGAUUGCAUAUUGCUGUUGCUGUUUUAGUGAUAAAAUCUUUUUAUUCCAUAUCCGCCCUGCUACUAAUGAUUUGCCUUAGAAUGUUAAGUGUGCACAAUUUUGUUAUUUAUUUUUAUUAUAGUGUAAAUAAGACCUCAAAUAUAUGUUUAAGUCACACAUGAAUGUUUUGCCUAUCUAAAAUUGUAAUUUGUAAAAAUUUGGGAUGUGUAUAAGUG